AUGUCGUCCGCUAAUUACGUGUCUCCGACCGCCUCAACCUCAACGCCAACAUGGCACAACUUCGAGCGCAAGGUCGAUGAUGUCAAACCAUCCAAGACUGAUAUGAACCGCUUGGUUAUGGACUACCUAGUGACAAGUGGCUAUCCAGCUGCUGCGCAAAAGUUCGCACAUGAGGCCAACAUCCAAACUGUGGACGCCGAAGCUAUCCAGGAACGGGUCGAGAUUCGUACAGCCAUCUAUUCGGGGAAUAUACAGUCUGCGAUCGAGAAAAUCAAUGAGCUCAACCCUCAGAUACUGGAUGAAAACCCUUCCUUGCACUUCGCGUUACUUCGCUUGCAGCUAGUGGAGUUGAUCCGCUCUUGCACACUAAACCCUGAUGGAGACAUCACACCCGCUCUCGAGUUUGCUACUUCUCAGCUUGCUCCACGGGCACCAACAAACCCACAGUUUCUUGAAGACCUUGAGAAGACGCUCGCGCUGCUCAUCUUUCCCAAGGAAAACCUAACACCAUCGCUAGCUCCACUUCUUCACUCCGACUUGCGUAGGGAUAUCUGUGCCAAGGUUAACGCCGCUAUUUUGCAGAACCAGGGUGCUCGUACAGAAGCUCUGCUGUGUGACUUUGCUCGGCUAUACGCCUGGGCGGAACAAAAGGCCCGAGAGGCAAAAAAGGAUAUCCCCGACAAGCUGGAUCUUGGACUUGGGGAUUCCAACAGUAAUUCCGCCAGCCACAACGGCGCCUCUAACGACACUGUAAUGACCAACAACGGAGACGUUGAUCCCAUGAUCUCAUGA